AUGGCUCCUGGAAUCACAGAGACUUUGGUCCCCAGUAAAGCCACGACCCUUACUCAUCUCACCGAAGAAUGGGACGACACCCUCCGAUUCUACCUAAACGGCACGAAAGUUACGCUGGACUCGAUCGAUCCCGAAGUUACACUACUCGAAUAUCUGAGAGGCAUUGGGCUGAAAGGCACCAAGUUAGGAUGUGCGGAGGGAGGCUGUGGGGCAUGCACUGUGGUGGUCUCGCAUUUCAACCCAACGACCAAGAAGAUCUACCAUGCUUCCGUCAACGCUUGUCUUGCGCCUUUGGUGAGUGUUGAUGGGAAACAUGUUAUAACAAUUGAGGGGAUUGGAAGUGUCAAGAACCCUCACGCUGUGCAGCAGCGAAUUGCCGUGGGAAAUGGGAGUCAGUGUGGGUUUUGUACGCCGGGGAUUGUCAUGAGUCUAUAUGCCCUUCUGCGCAACAACUCGAAGCCGUCAGAACUCGCCGUUGAAGAAGCCUUUGAUGGAAACCUUUGCCGAUGCACCGGAUACCGGCCUAUCCUGGACGCAGCACAGAGCUUCAAUACGUCAAAAACUUGUGGGAAAACCACUGCAAAUGGCGGCGGUGGUUGUUGUAUGGAGAAACAGAACGGCUCAUGCUGCAAAGAGCGCCCCGAAGCUGACGGUGAAAACGGCAGUUUGGUGCAAUUCACACCACCAGAUUUCAUCCCUUACAGCCCAGAUACUGAAUUAAUAUUCCCCUCAGCUCUACGGAAACAUGAAUUCAAACCACUGGUAUUGGGCAACAAACGAAAGAAGUGGUAUAGACCUGCAACUUUGGAACAACUCCUGGAAAUCAAGAGUGUUCACCCUGCAGCGAAGCUCGUUGGUGGAAGCACAGAGACACAAAUCGAAACCAAGUUCAAGGCUUUGCGGUAUAACCCCUCCGUAUACGUUGGUGAUAUUAUCGAAUUGCGCCAGUACUCCUUUAAAGACGACCACUUAGAGAUCGGCGCCAACGUGUCUCUGACCGACCUUGAGGAUAUCUGUGAAGAAGCCCUGGAAAGAUAUGGCCCUGUGCGGGGCCAGCCUUUCAGCGCCAUCAAGAAGCAGCUCCGUUACUUUGCUGGGAGACAGAUUCGGAAUGUCGCUUCACCGGCUGGAAACUUGGCUACUGCGUCGCCCAUCUCAGAUCUAAAUCCAGUGUUCGUGGCAACGGGCACGCUCUUGACUGCCAAGUCAUUGGAUAAGGAGACAGAGAUACCCAUGGGCAAGUUUUUCAAGGGCUAUAGAACGACAGCACUUCCCGCAGACGCUGUCAUCGCAAGUCUGCGUAUCCCGAUUUCGCAGAAGGGUGAACACAUUCGUGCUUACAAGCAGUCAAAGAGAAAGGAUGAUGACAUUGCCAUUGUCAAUGCCGCUCUACGUGUAUUGCUCUCGCCUACAAACGAUGUCACAGGCGUGAACUUGGUUUUUGGGGGCCUAGCCCCGAUGACUGUUUCCGCGAAGAAUGCGGAAGCCUUCCUAAAAGAGAAAAGGUUUACGGACCCUGCCACUUUGGAAGGUGCUAUGGGUGCUUUAGAGAAGGACUUUGAUCUGAAGUUUGGCGUACCCGGUGGUAUGGCUACAUAUCGCAAGUCUCUGGCUUUGGGUUUCUUUUACCGAUUCUACCAUGAAGUCCUCCGCGAGCUCAAUGUCGGUGUCGCCGAUGUUGAUGAGGACGUGGUCGCUGAGAUUGAGAGAGCUAUUUCUUCUGGGAAGAAGGACCAGGAGUCAUCAGUUGCUUAUGAACAAAACACUCUUGGAAAAUCUACACCUCAUGUCUCGGCGAUGAAACAAGCUACUGGUGAGGCUCAAUAUACCGACGACAUCCCCGCACAGCAGAACGAACUAUACGGCUGUCUUGUCAUUUCAGCUAAAGCUCACGCUAAGAUCCUUAAUGUCGACGCAACAGCAGCUCUAGAGAUGCCAGGAGUUCACGAUUUUGUCACCCACAAGGACCUUCCCAAUCCAGAGGCCAAUUGGUGGGGUGCUCCAGUCUCCGAUGAACAAUUCUUUGCAGUGGACAAGGUUACUACCGCAGGCCAGCCUAUCGGAAUGAUCCUUGCAAGCUCAGCAAAGGCUGCUGAAGACGCCUCCAGGGUUAUCAAAGUCGAAUACGAGGAUUUGCCGGCAGUCCUGACUAUUGAGGAGGCAAUUGAAGCAAAAUCAUUCUUCGGCCAUGACCAUUCCAUUAAAACAGGCGAUACCGAUUCCGCUUUCAAGCAAGGGGACCUUGUCUUUACAGGAGUGUCGAGGAUUGGUGGCCAGGAGCACUUUUAUCUGGAAACACAGGCUUGUGUAGCCAUUCCGAAGCUCGAGGAUGGUGAAAUGGAGGUUUGGAGUAGUACUCAAAACCCUACAGAAACCCAAGCAUACGUUGCUCAGGUCACCGGCGUUGCUGAAAAUAAAAUUGUUUCUAGAGUCAAGCGACUAGGCGGUGGAUUCGGCGGCAAAGAAUCGCGAUCCGUCCUGCUUGCUGGUAUAUGCGCCACAGCAGCUGCAAAGGCCAGACGACCAGUCCGAUGCAUGCUCAAUCGCGAUGAAGACAUUGCCGUCUCGGGCCAGCGGCAUCCAUUUCUCUGUCAAUGGAAAGUUGGAGUGACUAAAGAAGGAAAGCUUCUUGCACUUGACGCGGAUGUCUUUGCCAACGGUGGAAAUACGCAAGAUCUCUCCGCUGCUGUUGUGGACAGGAGCCUGUCGCAUAUUGACAAUGUUUACAACUUUCCGAAUGUCAAUGUCCGAGGUCGCAUCUGCAAGACUAACACCGUGUCCAAUACUGCUUUCCGAGGAUUCGGAGGUCCCCAAGGCUUGUUCUUUGCCGAAUGUAUUAUGGAAGAGGUCGCAGAUCAUCUCAACAUUCCCGUGGAACAGUUGCGGGAAAGGAACAUGUAUCGACCUGGCGACAAGACUCAUUUCAACCAGGAGCUGAAAGAUUGGCAUGUUCCGCUUAUGUACAAGCAAGUCCUGGAAGAAAGCUCCUACAAAGAACGCCGGAAAGCUGUGGAAGAAUACAAUAAAAACCAUAAAUGGUCUAAGCGCGGCAUGGCUAUCAUCCCAACCAAAUUUGGCAUUUCAUUUACUGCUACAUUCUUAAACCAGGCAGGAGCAUUGGUACACAUUUACCGCGAUGGGAGCGUCCUUGUUGCCCACGGCGGUGUCGAAAUGGGCCAAGGCCUCCACACAAAAAUGACAAUGAUAGCAGCAGAAGCACUCCAAAUCCCGCAAUCCGACGUCUUUAUCUCUGAAACAGCAACAAAUACAGUCGCCAACACAUCCCCCACAGCGGCGUCUGCCAGUUCCGACCUAAACGGCUACGCCGUCUUCAAUGCCUGCGAACAACUCAACGAACGCCUCCAACCCUACCGCAAGAAAAUGCCCAACGCCAGCCUAAAAGACCUUGCCAACGCCGCCUAUUUCGACCGCAUCAACCUCUCCGCACAAGGCUACUACCGCACCCCAGACAUCGGUUAUGUCUGGGGCGAGAACACGGGCCAGAUGUUCUUCUACUUCACGCAAGGCGUUACAGCCGCAGAAGUCCAGAUUGACACCCUAACAGGCGACUGGACAGUCCUCCGCGCAGACAUCAAAAUGGAUGUCGGCCAAUCCAUCAAUCCCGCCGUCGACUACGGCCAAAUCGAAGGCGCCUUCAUCCAAGGCCAAGGCCUCUUCACAACAGAAGAAAGCCUCUGGCACCGAGCAACCGGCCAAAUUGCCACCAAGGGCCCUGGGAACUACAAAAUUCCAGGUUUCCGCGAUAUCCCGCAGGUCUUCAAUGUGAGUCUGCUCAAGGACGUGGAGUGGGAAAAUCUGCGAACGAUCCAGCGCUCGCGGGGUGUUGGGGAGCCGCCGCUUUUUAUGGGGAGUGCGGUUUUCUUUGCGAUUAGGGAUGCGCUUAAGGCGGCGAGGAAAGAGUGGGGGGUGAGUGAGGUACUGAGGUUGAGAAGUCCAGCUACGCCGGAGAGAAUUAGGGUUAGUUGUGCGGAUCCGAUUAUUGAGAGAGUUAGGGUUGUGCCGGAGGAGGGGGAGAAGAGUUUUUUUGUUGAGAUUUAG